AUGGAGGUGAGCACCGUGUCCCCACCUCCCACCUCACCCACAGAAAGAGACGAUCUCUGUGAGAUUGAUGUCACCAGUAUGGCUGUAGACAGUGUCAUGCUGCUCAUCUGCCUCUGUGGUGUGGCUGGGAAUGGGGCUAUCCUCUUCGUCCUCCACAGAAACUCCAUCACACUCUACAUCUUCGACCUAGCCUUUGCUGACUUCCUCUUCCUCCUCCUCAUGGUCCCCUCCACCCUGCUUUACCUGCUGGAGAACAUGUCCUGCUCCAGCAUCAUGCCCCUGACUUACUUGAGGAUACUUUUCCUGCUGUCACUGCUCCCCUACAACCUGGGGCUGUUCCUGCUGACGGCAGUCAGCAUCUACAGGUGCACGUCCAUCCUCUGCCCUCUCUGCUACCACAGGCAUUGUUCCCAGCGCCUUUUGGAAGUGGUGAAUGUCCUGUUAUGGGCCCUGUGCAUCGGUUUCAUUGUCACAGUUACCUCUCUGUGCCUCUGCCAGGAGCACGAGCACUGCCAGGGAGCUCACAUCUCCAUGGACGCCCUCAACCUCCUGCUCUUUGCCCCAGCCAUGGUCAUUUCCAGCACAGUCCUCUUCAUUAAGGUCAAGUCUGACCCCCAUCAGCAGCAACCCAAGAGACUUGACAUUGUUAUCCUCUUCACUGUGCUCUUCUUCCUCCUCUUUGCUCUCCCCCUCAGCCUCUGCAAUUUCCUGCAGCAGCUCGGCUACACCACUGUGUCCUCCCAGGUGGUUUUCCUGCUCACCUGCAUCACAAGCAGCAUCAAACCCUUCAUCUACUUCUUGGUGGGGAGCUGGAGGAGGGACUGCUUCAUGGAGAGCUGCAGGAGGCAUUUCUCCAUGCAGUCCCUAAGGAAGGCCCUUCACAGUGUCUUUGGGGAGCCGGAAGAGAACACUGCCCCCAGCAAUGAUGCCACCAUGGGCACAGCGUUCUGAGUCUGUGAUCCCUUCCACUGCUCUGCUGAAGGACCCCGGGACAGUGGCUGAGGGAUUCCUUGAAUCACCUGAGCCAGGAACUCUCCCAUUUGCUGCACUCGGAGGAUCCUUGAACUCCCACCGAUCCUGGGCGGAUCCCUCUACUCCUCGAGGCUCGACCCUCUGCCGGCGAGCAGCUGCAAAGGCAUCCAGUGUGAGCAUUACACUGCCUUUGAGGGGAAUUUUUCUCAGGGACCUUGCAGUGACUGUUUGUCUGCGUCCACACACGCGUUCAUAUUUCUUGUUUCAUUGACUGGAUUUUCUUUGUAAAGUUUUUUUCUUUGUUGUGCCUGUCUGGUCAGCGCUGGAGCGAACCUGGCCAAUGAGCUCC